GCUCGGUAGGCUGAUGUGAUGCGAUCAUCUUUUCGCUUCCAUAUCUGUGUGCGCAUUAAGGGUUGCACAGAUUUGGACGGUAUAGUACUGCACGUCCAUGCGGUCUUUCCGACCGAGACCUGAGGCUGCGAGAACGGCACAGCCACCGCCGAGGUUCCGCUGAUCAUCUCCGUCACCAAUCCUCUCUCUUCAAGCAAGACAUACUCAGUACUCUUGGUUUUCCAUGUCGGCAACAUCAGGAAGGAAUGACUCAAUGAUCAGAGAAGGGUGAUAGCAGCUGCAUUUCUAACACAUUUCACGAUGGCUACAGUGCGAAUCUGCGUCUGUGGAGACGAAGGCACUGGCAAGUCCAGCUUGAUCACUUCUCUUGUCAAAGGUGUCUUUGUAACAAACAAGAUUCAACCCGUCCUACCCCAGAUCACCAUACCUCCGACCAUCGGAACCCCCGAAAAUGUCACAACGACAACAGUGGUGGACACCUCUGCGCUCCCGCAAGAGCGCAAUAACUUGGGAAGGGAAAUCAGAAAAUCCAAUGUGAUCCUACUUGUGUACUCGGACCAUUACAGCUACGAAAGAGUCGCUCUGUUCUGGCUGCCGUAUUUCCGUUCCUUGGGGGUCAAUGUACCGGUAGUUCUUUGCGCGAACAAGUCCGACCUGGCUGCGGACCACACGGAGACACAAGUCAUUGAGGAGGAGAUGCUCCCGCUGAUGGCAGAGUUCAAGGAGAUCGAUUCAUGUAUACGCACCAGUGCCCGCGAGCAUCGAAAUGUCAACGAGGCUUUCUUUCUCUGCCAAAAAGCCGUCACGCAUCCCAUCGCACCGCUCUUCGAUUCCAAGGAGUCUGCCCUGAAACCCGCUGCCGUCGCCGCACUACAACGCAUAUUCUAUCUGAGUGAUAAAGAUCGGGAUGGUUAUCUUAGCGACAAGGAGAUGGAGGACUUUCAGAUGCGCUGUUUCGAGAAGCCCCUGAGUGAAGAAGAUCUUGUUCAUAUCAAGGAGACCAUCCAAAGGACACAUCCUCACUCGGUCACUCCCUCAGGCAUUGACUGCUGUGGGUUUCUUCAUCUGAACAAGAUGUAUGCUGAGAAAGGUCGUCACGAAACGGUCUGGAUUAUUCUGCGGGCUUUUCAGUACACGGAUAACUUGUCCCUUCAAGAAAGCUUCCUCCAUCCGAGAUUUGAAGUUCCCCCUUACGCAUCAGCCGAGCUGUCGCCAGAGGGCUAUCGUUUCUUUGUUAACCUUUUUCUCCUCUCCGACAAGGAUAAUGAUGGUGGACUGAAUGACGCCGAGUUGGCGUCGCUGUUUGCGCCGACACCAGGGUUGCCUGCCUCUUGGGCGGAUGGCUCAUUCCCAUCUUCCACCGUUCGGAACGAGGCCGGUCAUGUCACCCUUCAGGGUUGGCUUGCACAGUGGAGUAUGACCACUUUCACAUCGCCCAAGACCACGCUCGAGUAUUUGGCCUACUUGGGAUUCGAGUCAUCCGACCGCAGCAAUCCUUCGACAACGGCGGCGCUUAAAGUCACGCGGCCACGAAAGCGAAGGAGACGGCCCGGACGCGUGGGGCGCAAUGUCGUUCUUGGCCACGUGCUUGGAGCUCCGGGAUCCGGCAAAUCGGCUUUGUUGGAUGCGUUCCUCUCGAGAGGAUUUAGCGCCACAUAUCAUCCCACCAUUCAGCCACGAACUGCUGUGAAUACAGUCGAGCUCCCUGGGGGUAAGCAAUGCUAUCUGAUCCUGGACGAACUCGGAGAGCUAGAGCCUGCAAUCCUGGAGAAUCAGGUCAAGCUCCUCGACCAGUGCGAUGUCAUUGUUUACACGUACGACUCUUCUGAUCCCGAUUCCUUUGCGUAUAUUCCGGCGCUGCGGGCCAAGUAUCCGCACUUGGAAGAGCUUGCGAGUGUGUUUGUUGCCCUUAAAGCGGACUUGGACCGAACCACCCAACGGGCGGAGCAUCAACCUCAUGAAUACACGGCCAUGCUGAACAUGCCCAGUCCACCACUUCAUGUCAGCGCUACGUGGAGUUCCAUCCAAGAAGUGUUUGUUCAUAUCGCCGAGGCGGCUAUGGAACCCAGCACGGCCUUUCCACGGAGUGAGGAAGAUGUCGAGGGCAAGUGGAUGUCGUGGGGAAUCGCACUGGGGGCGGUCGUCUGCGCGGGGGCAGCAGCGGUGAUGAUCUGGCGGAGAGUUAGUGGUAGUGGGGUCUGAGGGCGCUUCUUGUUCCCCAGCAGUGAACCUGUAGCGAUAGUUGUAAACCUAGAUACCA